AUGCCGAGUGAAGGAACAGCAAACUUCGUAGACAUCCUCAUAGCCAUCCUCUUGCCUCCUCUUGGUGUCUUCCUCAAGUUUGGCUGCCAUGUUGAAUUCUGGAUCUGUCUGCUGCUGACUUUUUUCGGUUACAUCCCUGGGAUUAUCUAUGCUGUCUAUGCCAUCACUAAAUGA